CCACUUCGGCUCGAACUUCGUUUUAAUAAUAAGAAUAAAGCGCCAGUGGCCGAGCUGCACGUCUGACGCUGUCCCCGCGUUUGCCGAGAGCUGCUGUGUUGCAUUUACAUUGUCUACAGAUGACGCCACUUUCAUCAUAGAAAGUAACUGCCUUAGAGCCGAUCGAGAAGAAAUGUUGUGACUUCGCCGCACUCUGCCAACAGAUGUCGGGCCGGUUGGCAGGCCCACGAGGUUCCCGUAGCCUGCAGGAGCUGCCUCGAGACAUAAUUGCGCAGGUGGUUGCGGCGCUGCCUUAUGCCUCUCUCCCAAGCUUUCGAGCCACUUGCUCAGUCGCUAGAGACCUGGUCGACUCGGCUUCCAACGGAUGGGUUAUGAAAGUGGAGGAGUGCGAGGCGCUGCAGACCAGCCGCCUACUGUACCGCCUCACCUCACUGGCAUACUUCUACUUUGAGGGUUGGACCUGGGAUGACGGGGAGCGCGAAGCUAACUUCCUUACCGUGGUGCUCACACACCUCAGCGUCUUCGGCAAAGUGCAGGAGGUGCGCUUUCCUGCCACCCCCACUCUGCCCUUCCGCUGCUGCCGCGGCAUCCUUGCCGCGCUCACCUCGGUCACCGCGCUGGGGCUGCCCCCGCUGCACGGCGGCGUAGUGACCGACUCGGUGCAAUACGCGUCGGCGGUGGCCUCCGUAGCCGCACUGGGAAGCACGCUGACUGACCUCAGUCUGGAGGGCUGGAAGAUCACGGACGCGGCGGCACGCACGCUGGCGGACGGGCUGAGCAAGCUGCAGCGGCUCAACCUGGGCAACACGGAAGCGGUCACGCGCGUGGGAUACUCCAGCAUCGCUCGGCUCACCGGGCUUGUGAGCCUGACGGCCAGCGCAGUGCAUGGCACCAACUAUACCUUGGAGCCGCUGACGGCGCUGACAGCCCUGACGGCCCUGCGGGUGGAGCUGUCGAUGGCCUUCUGGGACCGAGACCCCGGCCCGCUGGCGCGUCAGCCGCUGCUGCGCGCGCUGGGCUGGUGGCACUCGGAGCCGCUGCCGUCGACGGAGCUGCGCGCGGGCCAGCUGGGCAGCAGCCUGCGCCACCUGUCGCUGUGCAUGCAGCUGGACCAGCGCGCCCUGGAGCUGCUGGCCGGCUCGUGCCCGCAGCUGGAGAUGCUGCAGGUGCAGGCCAUAACGCUACCCACCAUCGAUCCAGCGGAGGCUGCCGCCGCGGCGGCAGCCGCCGCAGCCGCCGAUGCGGCAACGCGCGCCCCAGCGGGCCCAGAGGCCGCCGGGCCCGGCCUCGCGGCAGCAGCUGCGCCCCAGCGGCCAGCACGGCAGCCGUCCCUGGGUGGCGGCGGCACGCCACCGACCACGCCAGCGGCGGCGCUAGCAGCACUGCUUCGGUCUGCAUCGCGCGGAGGCUCGCCGCCGCGGCCCCCGCCCCUGCCCUCAGCUGUGUCGCCUCUGUCAACGCCGGGGGCGGCCUGGCCUGGGUACUACGGCCCGGUGCUGAGCAGCGUGCGGACACUCAUCCUAGGCGAGCUGGACAUGCCGCUCGCGACGGAGCCGCAGCCGGUGGCACGGCUGACGUCCGUGUUUCCGGGCCUUGAGAACUUCAUGACCUUCGUGGUCUUGCGCCGGGGCUUGAUGCAGCUGGAGAAGGCGGACAAGCUGAAGCGGCUGGUCCUGAACUGCCAACACGUACAAGAUGAGGCCAUGGCCUUCCUGCCUCCGCUGCCCUCGCUCACCGGGCUCCAACUGGAGAGCUGCCAGCAUCUGACGGCGGCGUCUCUGGCGGCGCUGCGCUGCACACCGGGCGUGACCACGCUCAUGCUGAUCGACCUGCCGGGCGUGGACAACGCCUUCCUUACGCAGAUGUGUGACGGCGGCGGCGGUGACGCUGGAACGCCAGGAGGCGCCGGGACACCGCAGGGCGGCACAGCUGGAGCUGCGGACCGUGCAGGCGGAGGACGCGGCCCCGGGGCAGCGGCAAGCGGUGCAGAGGGUGCUGGCUCCGGCGCCGGCGUGCUGGGAGGAGGUGGGGGGCUGCUGCCGGCGCUGAAGGUCCUCGUGCUGUCCAAGCUGGAUAACCUGGGCGACGAGGGAGUGCAGGCGCUAUCGGGCCUAGCGAGCUCGCUUGAGCAGUUAGAUCUGCGGACCCUGCCGCAGCUCACGCCCGCCGCCCUCAGCGUCGCGCACCGCCUGCCCAAACUCAGCAUGCUGUGCGUGUGCGUGUGCGCUGGGCUGGAGCGAGCGCACACGCGCUCACUUGCGGAGGAGCUGAGGCUUGAUGACCGCGAUGACGUCAACGUGGAGUUCGAAAGCGUCAUGGUGGCGGCUCCCACGCUGGCAGACGAGUUUAGCGAGCUGGCCCUGGAGGAGGAUGCGAAUGCGGCGGCGGGCCCAGGCGCCGGCCGCGCGGGGGCUGGGGCCUGGGGCUAGACAGCUGAAAGGCUGAGUUCACGGGGUUACCUUGCUCCGAUGGGCUGGUUGGCUGGUUGGUUGGGAUGUUGGGUCUGUGUUGAUGAGCAAGCGUCACAGCUGACGAGGAGGCGCCGUUGCUCACGAGGAGGCCGCUGGGGCCGGCGAAGCAGACGAGGGCUGAGCGCGCCUUGUGUGUUUUGGCGGGCUUCCGGCACUGCCUCAGCGCUGAAGAACGUGACCUAAGCUAUGCCACGCACAUGCCAUACUAGAACCGAUUCAAUCCUUGAUGUCGAAAGGAUUAGCGAUUGCGUGAUGAGUUCGGGAACUUUGCAACGCCACUUCCUCCAAUAAUCA